CUUAACCUCAAAUUCUGAAUAAAAUGCAAUUGAAAUCUUAAUCAGUUGAUCCUCGUAUGAAGUAGUAUCCUCUUGAUCCUCAUAUGAAGUAGUGUCCUCUUGAUCCUCGUAUGAAGUAGUAUCGACUGGAUCCUCACAUGAAGUAUAUCCUCUUGAUCCUCAUAUACAUACACAUCAUCGGCAAGAAACAGUAAAUGCAAUUAUAACCUUAAUCACGUGAUCCUCGUAUGAAGUAGUAUCCUCUUGAUCCUCAUAUGAAGUAGUGUCCUCUUGAUCCUCGUAUGAAGUAGUAUCGACUGGAUCCUCAAAUGAAGUAUAUCCUCUUGAUCCUCAUAUACACAUCACCGGUAAGAAACAGUAAAUGCAAUUAUAACCUUAAUCAAUUGAUCCUCAUACGAAGUAGUAUCCUCUUGAUCCUCAUAUGAAGUAGUGUCCUCUUUAUCCUCGUAUGAAGUAGUAUCGACUGGAUCCUCGCAUGAAGUAUAUCCUCUUGAUUCUCAAAUACACAUCACCGGUAAGAAAAGUAAAUCUAAAUAAAUAAGUAUUGAAGAAGUAGUACGAAUAUCCGAAAUCACAGCAAAGCAUUUAAGAUCGAUGAUUCGCAAGAGCCUCGGGGGUUAAGGAAGCCGUUGGUCGGCGGUCGAGAUCGGGUGGUAAUUCGAGUCGGGGUGGUGGAACCGGCGUUCGAGGGGUGAACCCGGAAUCUCCGCCCCUGCGAAGAUCCGCCCUCGGCUUCGAGGGUGCUUGACGGGCAAAACUGCUCGGAGGUAGGGAACACUAGCCGUCAAGUGCUCGUCGAGGACACUCAAAAACUACAAGGAGAGCUCUUCACUCCCCAGAACGAGUCAUCUACUUAUUCGGUCAUUAACCGAUCGGCAAUUUUAAAAAGUGUGUGCACUGUGAUUCGCGAUGGACGGAAGUGACCGGAAGUGACUAUAGUGAGGACAGAUAGUGGAGCAAGUGAUAAGGUACGAGAGUGAAGAGGUAUUUUGAGAGAUUUGAGAAAAGACUGGGUUAAUAAUGUACUGACGCCUUCACGACAAACGUAGCAAAAUGGCGGACAAGAAUAAGAUACUGCCCUGGCCGCUGCUAUCGUAUCCUACCAGUCUUUUGAAUCAAGUCUGGUACAACCAGCUUGCUUUCAAUAAUAGAAUAUUGGAGAGCAUCAAGAUGCCAAGGACAGGCUUCCACAUCCAUGACAUACUGCAGUUGGACUCUAAGCCAUCGCAGGAAGAGACUGAAGUUCAAGGUAGCACAACAGUUCUGCCAAGCACGAACGAUGUACCGUCGGCGUACCAGCAGUUCUUCGAGCACACGACGGCCAUGUUGCAACCGGCGAUAUAUGCGAAUUUAAACAGGGGCACGUUACCGCCACCACCACCUGGAUUACUAGGGUGGCCCACUGCUCCGACGUUACCCACCACCUUGCCUCAACCCUUGGAAGAGGUGAAUGUGCUCCAGCAGCCCGACUCGACCAGUCCAACCAUCUCCGACCUAUCAUUCCCGCCAAAACAAGAGAACAACCACGACUGCAAGGAGGAGGAGUCCGCGGACUUCGAGGACGAACAACAAGCGAACGAGACCCAGCCCCACGAAACCGAGCACAAGAAGAGGAAGAGACGAGUGUUGUUCUCGAAGGCUCAGACUUUCGAGCUGGAACGACGUUUCCGUCAACAGAGAUACCUGAGCGCGCAGGAGAGGGAACACCUGGCGUCGAUCAUUCGGCUGACGCCCACGCAGGUGAAGAUCUGGUUCCAGAACCACAGGUACAAGACGAAGAGGGCCGCCACCGAGAGGGUAGAGGCUGGAGGAAGCGGAUGUUCGCCGAGGAGAGUCGCGGUGCCGUUGCUGAUCAAGGAUGGGAAACCUUGUCAGUCGAAGCUGAUGGAACCUACUUCUUAUCCUGCGGCGGGACAAGUACCCAUGCCGCCGUACAUGCAGAAACCGUACUGGUGGUAAAGGGUGGACUGGGAUGUCGGGACAUUUUGGUUGAGACUUUGAUUAUGGGGUGGUUAUGGAAUCGGGUGGAAGGCGAUCAUAGGUGGAAGGUGAUCAUAGGUGGAAGGUGAUCGCAAUGGAGUUUGUGAAGGACUGAUGUGACGUUUGAGAUACUGGGAAUGGGUUAUUGUUGAGGAUUAUGGUGAUUGGAUGUUCAUGGAAUCUGCUGCUUCGGUUGUGAUCACGAUGGGGUUUGUGACGUCAAGAUACUAGGGAUGCGUUACUGUCGACAUUAUGGUGAUCAGAUAUUCAUGGAAUCUGCAAGGCUGCUUCGGUUGUGAUCACGAUGGGUUUUGUGACGAAGCGAUAUGACGUUAGAGAUACUAGGAAUGGGUUACUGUCGACAUUAUGGUGAUUGGACGUUCAUGGGAUCAGCUGGAAG